AUGAUCAUUGCAAAAGAUGACGCUCUUGACUCAUUUCCAGAAUACAAGCUAGAACACAAAGACCUCGGGCAGCUUGUCGGACUUGCAAGAGGAGAUGAUGUAGUCCAAUUCCGCGGUAUCCCGUUUGCUACCAUUCCGGCGCGGUUUCGCCAGGCGCGUCUUCUGGAGUCGUUACCGCAACAGCCGUUUGAUGCCAGAAGAUCUGGACCGUAUUGUCCGCAACCGCCAUUACCCUUCCCUACCUACUGGGAAGGAUCAUUACCAGAAGAUUUCCCACCAUUGCCGAGGCCUCCGCAGGACGAAUUCGGCUGUCUCAAUCUCAAUAUUACCGUUCCUCGGUCCAGCCUAGAGAACGACUCGGCAACAAAGCUUCCGGUGUUCUUCUUCAUCCACGGCGGAGCAUUCGUGGGUGGAAAACAGUCUACGCAACUCGCUGGCCGCGAGAUCUAUGAUGGGACGAACCUUGUACGCGCAAGCAUAGCUCGCAGUCAACCAACUGUAGUAGUUUCUUGCAAUUACCGUUUGGGGCCACUGGGUUUUCUUGCAUCUGACGAACUCGCGGCUUUUAAUAAAGAACAUGGCGAGGCAGUCGGCAACUAUGGACUACACGAUCAGCGACAGGCAUUAGAAUGGUGCAACAAAUUCAUAUCCGGCUUCGGUGGCGACGCUGGGAACGUGACCAUUCAAGGCACAAGUGCUGGAGGAAGCUCAGCGCAUUAUUUAAGCAUUUUUCCCGCUCGAAAAUUCAAGAGAGCAAUUUUGGCGAGUGGAACGCUGACAGGUAUCGGUCCCAUGCCCAUGCCUUACCAACAGGAAAAGUUUGCUGCAUACGUGUCCAGGCACUCUGCUGAAAAGAGUACAUCAGAAGGAAAUCUAGUAAAACUGCUACAAUCUAUACCGGUUGAGGAGCUUGUCAAGCCAAUAUCAGCUGGCAUAUACCAUCCAUAUAUCGAUGGCGACUGGAUCCCAGGGGCGACUAUGCAGAGUAUUGCCAAUGCUGAUCUUACACAAUUGCUUCUCCUAGACGAUAUACCAUCAAUGAAACCCGCACCCGACAACCGGAUGCGUGCAACAAUCUAUGACCUGACAUCAUCCAACGGCAUGGUUGUUUCUCCAGAAACAUUUCCAGACGCACAUCCCAGUGUCACGGAAGCAUACAACCUCACCUCUGCUCUUGAGCAUCCUUCAUCUGCAAUGUACAAGUGGGCAGAGCUGUUGGCUGAUGUGGCAUUCAGGGUUCCGCCCCUGCAUAUCGCAGCCCACCACCCUGCCAAUGUCCUACUCUAUGAGAUUCGCUGCAAGAAUCCAUAUGAAAAGUGGGCUUGGUCAUUCGGACGUGCCAAUCACGCCGUAAAUGACUUAUAUCUCUUUGAUGUAGCUCCAGACCUUGUGUCUGAGGAACUGCAAGGUCCACACGCAGGCAACGUAGCGCAGAUUCGAGCUGCGUGGCUAGACUUUUGCUACGGAAAGCUGCCAUGGUCACCAUAUCGGAAGCAAGAUGAUAGACUAGGACCGGUGCAUGUGUUUGAGCAUGGUGAAAAUGGUAGAGAUGCUGAGAGUCUGGAAGAAGCUGUGGGCGAGACUACGGCGGCACAGUGGAGAGCGGUUUUGAAAGCAAACGAGCGAUAG